GUUUAUUUAAAAAGGCCAAGAGUAUUGCCGUGUUCAGUCUACUACGACAAAAUAGGCGAGGAACACAAUGCGAGCAAAGAGGAGGCUUCUGAUCCGCAAGUCUUAGAUUUGUCGAUUAAGGUAGAAAACUGGCGUUUUGAAUGUUCUCGAUGUAAAAGGAAAUUUUCCAGCAGUAGAUUGCUUCGAGAACAUUUCGUUUCAGAGCAUAAAUUGCCUGAACCGCAUAGGUGUGAUGAAUGUAAAGCAUUUUUCGCCCACAUAUGGUCGGAUGACGAAGUGAAAAAGUACCAAUGCCCAAGUUGCACGAAAUCCUUUAUAGGAAAGCAAGGUUUGAAGAUUCACGUUGAUGCAAUUCAUUUACAGAAGAGGCAUAUAUGUAACAUUUGUGGCAAAUCUUUUGCCUACAAAUCAGCUAUGUUAACACAUGUCAAUGGAGUACACAAAAAUGAUUAUCGGAACCGACAUUUUCAAAACGUACAUGAAGAAAAUAAACAGCAUGCCUGUACUCUUUGUUCUAGGCAAUUUUUCAGAAAAGUUGAUUUUAUUAGACAUAUGCAUCACUUGUUCAUUCACUUUGGUCUAGUGGUGAAAAUCACCAGAGUUUGUCCAGAUUGUUUCAAAUUAGCAAAUACUGACCACUUCAGAGUCGACUCAGAGUCGAGACAUCGACUACCAUAA